AUGAAGCAGUUAUUUGGUAUUUUAAUAACACUUAUUUUUAUAAUAAAUAAUGCUGAAAAUAUUGUUUUAAAUUUAAAAAUUAAUGAAAAUAAUUUAAUCUCAUCUAGAAAACGCCGAGCAGCUCUCGAACAUAAUACGGGAAAAUUUAAAAAAUUUCCAAUAAAAUAUAAAAUUAACACAAAUGUCAAUGUAUCAUUAGUUGAAAGAGCAAUAAAAAGUUUUGAGAAAGAAUCUUGUUUAAGAUUUCAAAGAGUUGAAACAUUAAAUGAAACAGGAUUAGAUUUUAUAUUUUCUAAAAAAUUAUUUUAUGCUGAGUCAUUAGGUGCAAUCUCAGAAAUUAUACCUUUGAAAAUAGGAGUUCCAAAAAAACCUGCUAGAUUAGGAUUUCUUAUUCAUGAAAUGUUACAUGCAUUGGGAUUGUUACAUGAACAUCAAAGAGUUGAUCGAGAUGAAUAUGUUACAAUAAAUUUUGAUAAUGUUGAUGAAAAAUACCAUGGUAAUUUUAUAAAAGAUUAUAUAUUUGGUAAUGAAACAUAUGGAAUAAAAUAUGAUUAUGGUUCUAUUCUUCAUUAUGAAAGAGAAGCAGGUCAUAUAAAAGGAAAAAAAAAUAAAACAACAAUAAAAGCUAAAAACCCACACUACCAUAAAUCAAUGGGUCAAGGUAUUUAUUUUAGUUUUUUAGAUACAAAACUUUUAAAUAAACGUUAUUGUAAAGAUAAAUGUAAAAAUGAAGAAAAAAUAACAUGUUAUCAUGGUGGAUAUCCAAAUCCAAAUAAUUGUAAAAUUUGUAAAUGUCCAACUUUUUAUGAACCACCAUUUUGUAAAUAUGUGAAAGCAUCUCCUGAAAAAUGUGGAAAAAAAAUUAAUCUUGCAUCAAAAAAUUAUCAGACAUUAAAAAUGAGAGGUAUAAUUAAUUGUUAUUAUAUUUUAAGAGCAGAAGAAAAUCAAAGAGUUAGAAUAAUUAUUAAAAAAGCAAAAUCAUUGUCAACUCCAAUUUGUCGACCAGGAUCAGGUUUAAAUAUAAAAUUUCUUAAGAAUAAAGCUUUAUCUCCUGCUUGUUUUUGUAGUUAUAUCCAAAAUUAUCAGAUUACUUCACAAGGAAGAGAAGUUAUAAUACGUUACGCAGGAAGAUCAGCUAGAGAUUUCUUUGUACUUCAAUAUAAAAGUAUUUAA